AUGAGGGGAAAAAUACCCCGCAAGGCAGCAGCAUGGCUGCUGCUAUUCUUGUGUCUGCUGCUGCUGUCACCACAGCAGCAGCAGCAGCAACAGCAGCAGCAACUCCCUGCUCUCUUAGGAGCUAAUGCUAUAGGCAGACGGGGGGCAGGGGCCCCCUCCUUAGGGGCCCCUACAGGAGCAGCAGCAGCAGCAGCAAGGCGUCGGUCUAAUCAGAAGCAGCAGCAGCAGUCUCAACAGCAGCAGCACCAACAGCAGCAGCAUACGCACAUGAUGUUGCAGCAAGGAAUCAAGCAGCAGCAUGUGCAGCAGAUGCAGCAGCAGCAGCAGCAACAGCCGCAGCUGCAGCAGCAGCAGCAGAUUGAGGUUGCUUCCUUAGAGGCUGCUGCAACACAAGGAGGGGGGUGGCGUCUUCAGGUGUACGUACACUCCAAUUAUCCAUUACCUGCAGAUACCUUUCUUGCUGCUCAUCCUCUGCAGGAGCAGCAGCAGCAGCAACUGCAGCAGCAAGUGCAGCAGCAGCAGCAGCAGCUCGAAGAUAAUUCCUGCCUAAGCGCUCCUCUUGCUGUAGCCUCCCCGACUGCUGCCCCACCACAACUGCAGCAGCAGCAGCAGCAACAGCAGCAGCAGCAGCAGCAUGAGGACGGCAGCAGCAGCUACUACAGCUAUUACUUUAAUCUUGAGCAGAAGCCAGAGGAAGCAGCAGCAGCAAGAGAAGCAGCAGAAGCAGCAGCAGCAGCACGUGCAGCAGCAGUUGCUUCUUCUCUUAAGGCCUUCGCGGAUGCUGCAGCGCAGCAGCAGCAGCAGCAACAGCAGCAGCAACAGCAGCAGCACAAGGGGUUAUCUGGGGAUGCUCCUUUGCUAAUGCUGCUGCAGCAUUUGUAUGAGCUGCCUGCGGAUACACCCGAAGCAGCAGCAGCAGCAGCAGCUGCUGCUGCUGCUGCUUCUGCUAAGCAACCUGCCUAUACACCUGACGGCCUACGACGUCGUCCCCUCUCUAUAGCUCAGGUGUCUGUACAGGGGACCCCCAAGCAGCAGCAGCAGCAGCAGCAGCAACUGCAACAACAGCAGCUGCAGCAGGACGAGCAGCAGGAGCAGCAGCAAUGGGGGGAAGGAAGGAGAAGAGAUGGACGCCUAAAGAAGCAGCAGCAAGACAUGCAGCAGCAAAGAGCUUCGCUGCUGCAGCUGCAGCAGGAAGCACACGAAGAGGGCAUGCAGCAGCAGCAGCAGCAGCAAGAGCAGCAAGAGCAGCAGCAGCAGCAGCAGCAGCAGUUUAUAGGGGAAGAGCACAGCAGCAGCAGCAGCAGCAAGAGACACAAAGGCCUCGUAGGAGGGGAGCAGCAGCAGCAGCAGCUGCUGCUGCUGCUGCUGCUGAUGCUGGUGUUGUGCCUAGCCAAGUCGUCUAUGAGAGUGUUUGGCUGCCAGCAGACAGCGGCUGGUAGACAGCAGCAGCAGCAGCAGCAGCAGGAGCAGCAGCACCUGUUGCUGCUGCUGCUGCUGCAGCAGCGCCUGCUGCAGCAACAACAGCAGCAAGAGCUGCAGCAACUGCAGCAGAAGUAUACAUCAUCAACAGAACCAGCAACAACAGCAACAGCAGCAACAGCAGCAACAGCAGCAACAGCAGCAGCAGAUGGAUCUGAGGUGUCUGUACACCUCAAUAAACCCUCUAGUCAAUCCUUUCGUUCCUUUGCCUCUUCCUUAGCACCAAGACGCCUAUUCAAGCAUCAGCAGCACCAGCAGCAGCAGCAGCACGGGCAGCAGCACGAGCACGGGCAGCAGCACGAGCAGCAGCAGCACGAGCAGCAGCACGAGCAGCAGCAGCAGCAAGGAUAUGAAUUAGAAGCAGCAGCAAAAUCAGAUACUCUUUCUCCAUCAACAGGACCAAAUACACCACAAACAAAUAGUAGAAGAAUAGAGGGGACAUCUGCUGCUGCUGCUGCUGCUGCUGCUGCAAAUGCUGCUGCUGCUGCAGAUGCUGCAGAUGCUGCAGAUGCUGCAGGUGCUGCAGCAGCAACGAGAGACGAAGACGUUAUGAGCGAAAAAAGAGAAGCAGAAAUACUGCAGGAGCAGCAGCAGCAGCAGCAGCAGCAGCAAGAGUCCCCCUCUUCCUUUCUCUCCGUGCAGCGAGCGUUAGCUGCUGCAACAAAGGCCACAAACAACAGUAACAGCAACAUCAGCAACAGCAGCAGCAGCAGCAGCAGCAGCAGCAGCAGCAGCAGCAGGUUGCCUGCUGCUGCUCAAUGGGCCUGUGCUCUCCGUAAGGGAGAGAUAGGAACUGUACAGACACUCCAUCCCUCUACUGCUGCUCUUGUCUUCUAUUGUCCCCCUCAGCCUGCUGCUGCUGCUGCUGCUGCAGCAGCAGCAGCAGCAGGUAGUGCUGCUGCUGCAGGUACUGCUCAAGGUGCUGCACUGACAGAUACACCAGCAGCGUCCACCGCAGGCGGCGAGAGCAGCAGCAGCAACAGCAGCAGCAGCAGCAGGGGUGAAUUAAGAGCAGCAGCAGCAGCAGCAGGAGGCAUGUGGCGUGCUCUUGUUGCUGCUGAUGGUUGCAUGCAAGAAGCAGCAGCAUCUGUUUUGCUGCUAGGCUAUGAUGGUGCUCGUGCUGCUGCUGAGCUAGCAGCAGAACGGUUGCUGCUGCAGUCAGCAGCAGCAGCAGACACAGCAGCAGCAGCAGCAGCAGCAGGUGAUGGCAACAAACAAAACAAAGACAAACAAGCAAGAGAUGUACUGUUGCGUCUAUGUGAGCUAUUGGCUAUGGAGUGUCAUCCUGCUGCUGCUGCACUAAGAGAAGGUUGUCUCCGUUUGCUGCAGUGGCUGCUGCUGCGCUCCUUGUUAUCUUUAUUAGAUUUAGUAGAUAUAAUAUACCCCCAGCAGCAGCAGCAGCAGCAACAGCAGCAGCAGCAGCAGCAGAAGCUAGCAGCACAGGAGCAGCAACUAUUUGUCUCCUUAUUAAGUCAUCAUCUUUCUAUUGUUCGUCGUGCUGAUGAGCCCGAGGCUCUCUUAGGUUACCUCCCUUUGCUGCAGUCUCCUGCUGCUGCUGCUGCUGCAGCAGCAGCAGCAGCAGCAGCAGCAGGAGAGGAUCAGCAGCAACAGCAGCAGCAGCAGCUACUUAAUGCUCUCUCUACUCUUAGGGAAGGAACGGAGUGUACAUACACCGCAAGAGAUGGGCCUUAUCUACUAGAGCUGCUGCUGUAUGGAUUAGGUAGCUGCUGCAGCAGCAGCAGCAACCAGCAGCAGCAGCAGCAGCAGCAGCAGCAUCAGAAGCAGAUGAAGGAGGAGGAAGAAACAUCUUUAUCUGCAGCAGCAGCAAAUGGUGAUUCUCUUUCCCCUACUACUGCAUCUAUUGGUGCUGCUGCUGCUGCUGCUGCUGGCUGCUGCUCUUCUCCCCGCUGCAGCAGCAGCAGCAGCAGCCUCUGCUGCGCUGAUAGAACUUUGUAUAUUGACUGCAGCACUAUUGACCAAUAA